GUUCAGAUAUGCUAGAGCUGCUGUACAUUAUUGUUGGCCAACAGCUGAAACCUCAAUGCGUAAAGCUCGUAAAAAAAUUAUUCCACCAUUACCACCUACACUGGAUGCAUUAAAAGAGUACCUUGAACAACAUUUGGAUAGAUAUAAAUGUUGUGGUCAUUCAUUCUAUCAAGAUUAUACUAUUGAUAAUCAUGGAAAGUAUACAGUGAUAUUUGGUUGUAUUGAUCUUAUCCGUAAAGUGGUUAAUCAAGGCGGCGAAGAGGUGCAUGCUGAUGCAACGUUUAAGGUUGUACCAUCUCGACCAAAUUGCAGACAGUUAUUUAUAAUGCAUAUGAUCAUUCAAAACCAUUCUAUACCAGUGAUAUAUAUAUUGAUGGAAUCAAAAACUGAGACAGCAUACACUCAAGUUUUGAUGAAGUGUAAAGUUCUAUUUCCAGAAAUUAAGCCAAUAUGUAUAAUGACUGACUUUGAAGUUGCAUUACAGAAUGCUUUUAAAAUUGUAUAUCCAGAUGCAAUUCAACAUGCUUGUUUUUUUCACUAUGUCCAGGUAUUUGUUUGUUAA